GCAACCACCAUCCGCUAGCUACAUUAGCAUCAAGCUGAAUGAGAGGCUAACGUGCAGAGACACGCAAAUAUCUGCACACUGUCUUUGGUUAUGUGUUUCGCUUGAAUUUACUGAAGUUACCAGUCGUCUAAGAGACUAAACCGAAGAUCCGGUCGAAGAUGCAGUUCAUGCUGUUGUUCAGCCGGCAGGGAAAGCUGAGGUUACAGAAAUGGUACGUGCCUCUCUCUGACAAGGAGAGGAAGAAGAUAUCCAGAGACCUGGUCCAGACCAUCCUGGCCAGGAAGCCCAAGAUGUGCAGCUUCUUGGAGUGGAGGGACCUCAAGAUUGUGUACAAGAGAUACGCGAGCCUGUAUUUCUGCUGUGCAGUCGAGGAUCAGGAUAAUGAGCUGAUCACCCUGGAAAUCAUCCACAGAUACGUGGAGCUGUUGGACAAGUACUUUGGCAGUGUGUGUGAGCUGGAUAUUAUCUUCAACUUUGAGAAGGCCUACUUUAUCCUGGAUGAGUUCCUGCUGGGUGGAGAGGCCCAGGAGACAUCCAAGAAGAAUGUGCUAAAGGCCAUCGAACAAGCUGACCUGCUGCAGGAGGAGGCCGAGGCACCACGGAGUGUCUUAGAAGAAAUUGGGCUGACAUAAAUCAUCACACCGCUGCCUCGCAGUUCCUUUUUCCAGAUGCAGAUCUGGCAACCUCCAUGUCUCUCUCCUGUCUCCUCCUGUUCACUGUGUCAGUGUUAUAUGUAUAUAAUCACCAUCCAUGUACUGUAUUACUCUGUACUGUACUAUCCAGUAAUGUCCUUUCAAUGUGGUGCCAACUGUGGUUUUAAUGUGUCUCCUAUGUACAAUCUCCCUCACUGUAUUUUGCCGUACUAUUAGCAAACUUCACACCCUGAACUUCUUAAAACUCCACAGAGUACAAUGUAGCGACGACAUGAGAACUCUUGCAUCGUAUCAAGAUCAUUCAUCAUCACUUGAUUGCAGAGUUGUGUGUGCUGUUUGGCUUACAGAACUUCUUUAAGGUGCUGUUGAAGCCGCAGUUGUAGCUUCUCCUGUAUUAUCAUCACAUUUGAGUCACAAAGCUAAGCAUGCUAUCUCAUACUCACAACCCACAGCGUUGUUAAACAAAACUUACAGCUGUUCUGAAAGUAUUACCAGACUCUUCUUCCAAUCUGGAUGGAAAAAAAUAUUCUGUUUGCCGCCCAAUAAAAAAACAGCUCAUCUCA